AAUAAUUUUCAUAACUUACUUAAUACUAAAAUUAAAAAAAUCUCGCGCAAUUCCCAAACUAAUCGAAAAUGCGCAAUUUCAAAAAAUCACUUAUAAUGCUCUUUUGGAUCAGAUAUAUAAAUUAACUCAAAAUUAUAGUGAAUCGGGGACGAUUCAUUUUAGGAAGGGGGGAGUUAACGAUAGCCUCAGCAUAGAAACCUUACCAUAACUGUAAACAAAAUUGAAUCUUUGCACUCUGCAAUUAUACUGUGUCAUAAAUUAGAAAUAUUUUUAACGUUUUUGAUUAUGUAAGAAUUCGAUAGGCUUUUUCCGUUCUGUAUCCAAAAAUCCAUAUCGUUCGCCCUCACAAGAAGGCAUAACAAUAACAAUCGUAAAGAAACCACUUAACGUUCUGUUGGAAUUUGCUGUCACAGCUAAAAUUGUAAUUUAACUCUUUGUGCUGGAUUCAAUCAAGCUGAUUCAGCUUUAACUUUAAGUAAAUAAAACCAAAUUGUAUAAAUAUUAGUAUUUUAGAAAUAAAGAUUUGAUUUGUAUUUGGCAAUCCACAAGAACCAGACGUGUUCUCAUUUCAUCCGCGCGUUCGCGGAUAUAAAAUAUAUAUAUUUUUUAAAAUUCCCUCGUUGCGGGAAUUAAUUUAGACGCAUGUAGUUAGAUUGGACGACACUUUCAUUGUAAUUUAUAAAUAUCCAGUUAUUGAAAACAAAUGUACAACAUAUAAAGUUACUCAAUUAUCCUAUCGUCAAGCCAUUUUGGAUAUGAAUAAAAUCGUAAGUAAAUGUGAAGAUAAAAUAAUAUUAACAUAUAAGUGACAUAUCCUAAUAUUGCAUUAGAGACUUUUGUCAGCAAAAGCAUCGAAUGCAACAUUGCCAACGUGCUUCAAUUCAGCAUUUUCGCCAUUGAAAGCGGUCCCGCACAUUAAGCGGCACCAUUUGCUAAAUCGUUUUUGUCACGCCACUCUGAUUUCGUUACUCGACUCGAAAAGUUCAAUUGAUCACAUUACUCAAGUGUUUUAAUAAAAUUGAAAUUUGAUAUUCAAAGAAAUAAAAAAAAACUACUUGUGUUAUAAAAAUAUUACUGGCGCAGUCGGUAGGAUCUGCGCAAAAGAUCCUAAAUAAAAAAGAGCCUAUUCGUCUCAAAUAAGCGAAAUAAAAACCCACACAGGUACUUUAAAACACGUGUCGGGCUGCUGUACCUUUUGUUUUAAAUUCGUACAAUCGUGCAGGGGCAGUUUGCAAAUAUUAAAAACAUUUUUGUAUAUUAUCAAAAGUCAAAAAGAGGAAAAAGAAAAAUUAAACAGGUAAACAACUGGUAGCUUAUGGAAAGAAUAUCAAUUUAUGACAAAAAAAAAAAAAAAAUUCUAAUGGUAAUGAAAGAACGUAAUGCCGGCCAUAGACCACACAAGUAAACUGCACAAGUACAGCACUGCACAGUGCACUUGUGUAGUGUAUGGGGGUGUUUGUGCUACUCGAGCAGUGAACUGAGCAAUACAUAUCAAAACGAUUUUGAUAUUUUUACACAAGUCUGAAUACUGCGCAGUGAAUUUGCGUAGUAUAUGGCGAAAUUAGCUCAGUUUUGUUUCAGUUUUUGUGAUGUUAACAUCAAACCAAAAAAGGAAACAACGCAUUUAUUUUAAUUAUGAGUGAUGACAAACAGUUUUGGACCGAGUUCCUUGAACUUUAUAAAGAAUCACCUUCAUUAUGGCGAAUAAAACGCAAAGAAUAUAGCAACAGAAUAAUGAAAGCUGAAGCAUACGAAAAAUUAGUUUUAAAAUUAAAAGAAAAAUAUCCCGACGCAAACAGAGAUAUGGUGGUUAAAAAAAUUAAUACAUAUAGGACAACAUACAGAAAAGAAUUCAAGAAAGUGCAAAGAAGCGAAAAGUCUGGAGCUGGAUUUGAGGAUAUUUAUGAGGCAACAUUAUGGUUCUAUAAUAUUCUAAAUUUUCUCGAGGAUCAAGAGGAAAGUGCACCUAGCACAUAUUCAAUGGAAUAUGAUAGUUUAGAAGAGACUUUACCAAAAACAUCAACAACACAACAUAGACUAAAAAAACGUAAAAUUACCGAGGAAGAUAAUUUAAUUAAAAUAGCGUGCGAACACCUGAAAUCACAAAAUAACAGUAACCAACAAAACAACAAUGACCCAGAUGAUGUGGUUGCCAAAACUUGGGGUGCGCAAUUAAAAGAGAUGGAGCCUCAACAAAAAAUAUUGGCGCGUAAAUUAAUAUCGGAUGUUUUGUUUCAAGGAUGUGUUGGAAAUUUGAAUAAUUCGCACAUACAGGAAUUAUCCAACAUAUUUCAAUUCAGACCAACAACAGCAAUUUCUUACGUAUCCACUCCAUCGCCAGUAGAGCUUAUAAAUGCUCCAUAUGACCCAACAACAUAUAAUUCACAGGAAUCAAUACAGGGAUUCUACGCGAAUUUUCAAUAA